GGGGAUGUCCCUCCAUUUACUUCGUAAAGAAAAACAAAAAUGUGUUGUUUCGUUGCUGAAAAAUUCUCAACAAUUUGAAAUGGCACCGACGUGGUUCGACAGGAACCUCCACCCGAACACCCACGAGGAGACCGAGAAGAUCCUCUCCAAGUUGCGCACACGAAAGAUAACCGCUCGCACAGGGGACGAACUAGCCAAGUUUUUCUUCAAAUUGAACGCUGAAAACGCUCAGAAGCCCUCGAAGAAUGCUCCGACCGCUCCAGGAGUGCGUCAGGACCCCCAGAUGGCCCCCACCUACGGUCCAAUCCCAGGGUUCCCCCCGGGCUCCUGGUGGGGGAUUCGAAUGGACCUCUCGAGAGAUCAGGUCCACCGUCCCUUCGACAAGAGCGUGGACGAGGGCCCCCCAGGGGCGUCCUCCCUCUGCACCCCCCACUCAAACCCCGCCAACGACCUCGACCUGGGGGACUACCUCACAUUCACCACCCCCUCGGGCCCGACCCCCUGCCACCCCCUAGUCCGCAGUUGCCAGAGCCAAAUACCCGUGCGACUAGUCCGCGGCUACAACCUGACCAACAAAUUCUCCCCCAAGACGGGUUACCGUUACGACGGUCUGUACCUCGUCCUCUCGUUUUGGCAGGUGGGCGACGAAUCGCGAAAGGAUUUGCGAUUCGCCCUGGCCAGGCUGAACUGCCAGGGGGCGCCGCCCUGGGAGCCCUCGCCCUUUCCGAGCUCCCCGCCGAAGAAGACGAGGAACAAGUCGAGGGCGACGCAGCGGUGCCACAUGGACUGCUGUAAAUCGAAGAGUCUGAUCAAGGACAGGAGGGCGGAAGCCCUGGAGAGGCUCCCCCUGGAGAAGCAAUCGAAGGAGAGUGCAAUUGUGAUGCGCCACGUCUCGAGGAAGUGCGAGUCCGCGCCGGGGGUUGAGUCCCCCAAACUCGGCACCUCGAGGGCCCCCUGCAAGCUCCAGAACACGAACAUCUCCAUCCGCACGGACUUGUACGACUCGUCGCCGAACGCCCACGACGUGAAGAAGACCCCGAUGACCUUCUGCAGGAUCUACAAGUCCUCGAAGCCGGUUAAGGGGCUCGCGACGAGCGCAGGGGUCCUGAACCUCAACACCUUUGGGCCCGGUGCGAGGGACAGGGUCCAGGAGUCGCAGAUACAGAUGCGCUCGGGGGUGGGCAGGCACUCCCCAGUGCUCAGCACGUCCUCCAGGAGUGAGGGCUCCCACGAAUUGACGAGUGCAGAGUCCAGGGGGAAAAUCGAGGGGCCCAGGAAAGAGGGGGAGGCUGAGGACCCUCGAAGGAGCUCCGAGGAGUUGCUCUCGAAGAAGGGGAAGGGGGAGGCGUCUGGGGAGUUGGACCCCGUGAUGGAAGCAAUACUCUUGCCGAAGGUGAAGGCAGAUGUCGGUGUUGUUGACGCUGAGAUGCCGGAGACGACUGCGAAACCCUGCAAGACCCACAGGACUCUCUACUCCUUGAGGUCGACUUCUGGUUCGAAAAAGCAGACGGACGUGAAGGCCAACCUGAAACGCUCGGUCCUGCCGAAGGCGAAGGGGGAGAUUCGAAAGGAGGGGAGUCACAAGGGCAAGAGUGCCAAGCCCUCGGUCCAGGGGUUUUCCAAGGCCUCGAGGAAGAGGCAGAGUGAGCUUGCGAAGCUGGCGAUCGACGCGAAUUUCGUGGCGAAGUCGAGGGGCCCCAGGACCCGGAGGUUCCCCUACGCCAUGCGAGGGUUCAGCAAGAGGCGGGACAACCUGAGACACCUGAAGGGCAGGUCCAAGCCGGAUCUCUCGAAGAAGAGGAAGCUGAUCAAGAGGGGCAGCACGAGUGAGGGGAAGCCCUCGGGGAUUCCCAGGAGUAGAGCUUUGAGGACUGCGAAGGCAGCUGAGAAGAUGGAGCAGGUGAGGGAGCUGAAGCAGGGGAGGGGGCUUGAGGAGAAUGAGGGCAAGAAGAUGGAGAAAUCCACGCAGAAGAGGGAGCGGAAGAGCUUCAAGAUGGUGGAUGCUGUGGUGCAGUGCAGCUUGCAGAGGGAUGCGUCGACUUCGGUGGAUUUUGAGGAGCUGUCGGGGGACAGGGGGGUCAGGAGCAAGUGGGGGAGUCUGGAGGACGUCAAGUCGGAGGCUUCGGACGAUGAUCUGAUGGAGAUUGUUCAUAGGAAUAUCUCGGUGCAGACGACACAGGAGGGGGAGAUCCUCAGGCCGAACUGCGUGAGGAGGUCUUUGGAGGCUUCUGCCAGGCUGGGGGGCGGGCUCUCGGCUUUUGUACCUGUUAACAUGACGGAUGUGGACUUCAGGGUCGCCAGGCUGAGGUCCAUUGGGUUCAAGCCCAUUCAUCCCUGCGGGAUGGCGGGGUUCGAGAGCCAGGCGUUCAGCGAGUACAGGCAGGGGAGCUCCAAAGGGUCGGGGGCCUCCGUUGCUAGGAGGGAUGUUAAUGAACAGUACAAGAAGUACACGACUGAGGAGAAUAAUGUGGUGGGGUACAUGGACGACGAACUGAGGUAUCAGGAUAUUGAGGAGGAGAGCGCCACCAAGGGGAUUCUGGGGAAGGGGAAGAGGGUCAGGAAGAGGAGGAGCGGGGAGGCUGGCGAGGGGCCCUGGCAUGGCUGGAAGAAAUUCGCACAACUGUGAUUCGGGGGUGAAGUAAGGAGAGAUUGAGAUAAAAAUAUUUAUUUGACGCUUACAGAGUUCGAGGGGAGGGUAACAAAUCAGUUGGAUAUGGGGGAGUAACAAAAUCUCGGACAUUUAGUUUGGUUUUUUUUGGGGUUUUCGGUCCUUUUCUCUUCGCCAUUCUAGUGGGGGAUUUGUGUUUCUUGAGGAGUACGGGGGCAGGGACCGAACAUAGAUCCACUUGAUUUUUCUUUAUUGGACAUUUCUUUUCGAUUCGUUCGGUAGCGAAAUGUCAAGAUGAGGUUCAGGUGGAGAUAAUGUUUUUGUAAACAACUUUUUUGUAGUCGUAAAAUUUUCCCUCUGAAAUAGGUGCUGGGGCUUUUGCAAGAACUAAACUUGGAGUUUAAUUUUACUUUGAGUUAUUUGUAAAUAUCUUGAAAUCUUGGAGCGCAAUAAAAAGAAUAAAAAAAGCGUCAAUAAAAUUUUCACUGUCUCCUUUA